AUGACCACACUCACGAUGAUGACGUGCCGUCUGCUGUGCGCCCUGUUGGUGCUUGCCCUGUGCUGCUGCCCGUCCGUGUGCGUGACGGAGAGUAGCGGAGAACAAGAUGGACUCAGUGGUUCACAGACUCCUCGGCCACCGGAAGCAACCGGUGCAGGGCCAACACAUACUUCCACGGGGUCAAGUUCAGCAGAUCCGGAAGUUACGUUACCGGGAACCCAAAGUUCGGACAGUAAAGGACAACCAUCAGACAUGAGGAAUAAUACCGGAAAUCAGGACAGUAAGGGACCCGCUCCGCCACGGGACUCAGUUCCAACAGGUUCGGCGUCUGGUACAGAACAGGGACAGGAUAGAUCCGGUGGGUCAGGGAGUUCAGGUACGACGGCCGAUACGGUACAGAAAAACAGUGACAACGAUACGACAGACUCAACACGUGGCAAUAAUUCAUCCACGGAACAAACAAAUACGAAUGCCGGCGAUACGGCCGAGAAGACCACGGCGACCACUACUACUACCACUACUACGACAAGCACGACGACAACUACAACACAGGCACCAACUACCACCACCACUACGACUACGGAGGCGCCAACUACAACGACGACCACUCGCGCACCGUCACUUCUUCGCGAAAGCGACGGCAGCCUCAGCAGCUCUGCGUGGGUGUGUGCCCCGCUGCUGCUCGCCGUAUCCGCGCUGGCGUACACCACUCUGGGCUGA